UUUUCCCUUUCUCCUUUGCUUUCUCGAAAUCAGAACAUCGACCACAAGCUGAAGCUGCGCUCCAAGAAGGGACAGCUGCCGUUCGUUGAGGUCAAUGGCGAGGAAAUUGCCGACUCUGCCAUCAUCAUCAAGGAGCUGGCCCAGCGCUACGAGAAGGAUCUGGAUGCCGCCCUGACCCAGGAACAGCGCAACAUCGCCCACGCCAUGAUUUCCAUGAUCGAAAACCAUCUGAUCUGGGUGAUCCUGUUCUGGCGCAGCAAGAAUCCGGAACAGAUGAUCAAGGGCUACAAGGUCAACCUGCAGCACGCCCUCGGAAGCCGCCUGCCCAACGCCAUUCUCAACUUCUUCUUCAAGUUCCAGUUCGGACGCAAGGGAUCGAAAAAGGUCAAGGCACAGGGACUGGGCGUGCACAAGCCCGAAGAGAUCGAGGAGUUCGGCAAGCAGGAUCUGAAGGUGCUGUCCGAGCUGUUGGCCGACAAGCCGUUCUUCUUCGGCGAUGAACCGACAACGCUCGACUGCGUUGCAUUCUCCGUGCUGGCCCAGAUCCACUACAUCUCCGACGAAGUCAAAUACUCGCUCAAGGAGUUCAUGCAGGAGAAUUGCCCGAACCUCGUCGGACACGUCUCGCGGAUCAAGGAACGGUGCUUCGCCGACUGGGAUGAGAUCUGCGCCAAGCUGGACCUGAACGCCCACAUACCGAAACCAGAGUGAGUAGCUGAUUAAAUUCAUAU